AUUCCGACUCCCGACAAAAGCUUCCUGAACUCGAACUCUUCAACGACCAUCGACAACCCCGGAUUUCCCUCAAACCACGAUACUAACGGUAUAUAGCCUCAAAUUGCGCGUUUUGAGAGCAUUUAACCAGCAACGAAGACUCAUAAUCCGCAUCUGACCUAGACUAUCAGCAUUGUCGCUCGCCGCCAUGGCGGCUUCUGGAGAUUUGAUCAACUUCGACAUCAUCGAAAAUCAGAAAGAAAACAUUCAGUCGCUGCCAGGUGGUCGCUCAGCGAGAGAACUAGCCCGCAUUUUCUCUCCCCGUGAUCCUAGCGACAAGCUAUCAUCUCCCUCUCCAAACGACACACGGACCCUCAACGAUGCGAUUCGACAGGAGUACGAGGCCGAGUUGCAAGCGGUCGGAGAAUCAGACGACCCUCUUGAUAUAUACGAUCGCUAUGUAAAGUGGGCAUUAAACGCAUACCCCUCCGCACAGGCAACCGCCGAGUCCGGUCUCCUCCCCCUGUUAGAGCGCGCAGUCAAAGCCUUCCUUUCAUCACCCCACUACAAGAACGACUCACGAUAUCUCCGGCUAUGGCUACACUACAUCAGAUUAUUCUCCGACUCGCCACGGGAGACUUUCGCGUUUAUGGCCCGUCAUCAUGUUGGGGAGGGCCUGGCGCUAUUCUACGAAGAGUUUGCGGGCUGGCUUGAGAGUGUUGGACGGUGGAACCAGGCAGACGAGGUGUACAGACUCGGGAUUGACCGGGAAGCCCGACCAGCUGAACGACUAGUGCGCAAAUACAACGAUUUCCAGAGACGUUACGAGCAGCGAACACAGGAUAAUGGGCCUUCAUCGCCGGCGCUACCCGCAGUCCGCCCUGCUUUAGCCGCCAAAGUCGACCCAUUCGCAUCUGCAACGGCUGCAUCGGCCGAUCCACAGGCCCAACGCCCAAGUUCCGCCGCAACAACUGCCCCCAAAACGAAAUCCGGGAAAACCAAAAUGGCGAUUUUCACAGAUGAUGAACCCGCAACGAGUCAACCUGCUCUAGGUGGAGCUACGAAAGGCUGGGAUAAUCUGGGGUCUAUGCAAGAUCGGCGGAAGGAGAACAAAGUGGAAGCAAAACCAUGGGCUGGAGAGACUCUGAAGGCUGGCAAUAAGGCUGCACCGAAGGAGAAGAUGAUGAUUUUCAGGGACGAGUCAAAAUCAGAUUCACGAGCCAAAGAAGAAUUACAAUCGAAACCAGUUCCAGAGCACCGUAUCAGAGAAGCCAUUAACCCGCGUACAGGAAGAAGGGAGCGAGUAUUUGUCGAUCUUGAUGCAGUUUACCCCGACUACAAGAACCCGAAUCAUGAGGUUAGCUUUGAGGAGCUUCGAGCAAUCAAACGUGGCUGGAUGGACAUGGAUUGGCGGGCCCAAAAAGAGCCCCUCGGGCAGAUCUCUGGCAACGCUACUCUGACAGAAGAUCCUCAAGUUGACAAGAUACUGCCAGAUCAGUUUAAGCAGAAGUUGAACCUGAAGAAUGCAGAUGGGGCUGCUUCGCCGCAACAUCUCGAAACUGAUGGCAAGGGAGCCAAGGCCCGGAAAUUGAAGGUUCGCGAGGUGAGAGCCGAAACACAAACUGUCAAAAUGAAGUUCGAUUCCCCGACUGGUGGCAAGAUCCGCCGGAAAAGCACUGCGCAGGAGCCAACGAUGACGAUGCACACGAGGGCAGCAACAGACGAGAUCUAUAGUAUCUUUAACCAGCCUCUAAAGGCUGAAUCUCAGACUGCAGCCGAGAGCAGUGAUUUUGAUGAUGAUGAUUACACAAGUGCUGGUGAAAGUACUGGAACAGGGCGAAUUUCUGCCGCUUCGAGCGAUUUCGGGGAUGAUGAUACCACUUUCCACAGGUCGUUCAACGAUGGCGACGGGGAUAGCUUCUAUGAUCAUACGCAGGCUGAGAGUGUUGUUGAAGGCGACUGGACACGAUUUUCUGAAGCGCAACUUAACCCUGAAACAGGAGCGUUUCAUUCAACAACACAAGGAUCAACACACGAUGCCGAUGAAGACCACAUAGGUGGUGUUACUGCAGCUGAAGGGCCUCAGAGGGAAAGAUUCAUCCCCGAGAUGCCUGAAGACUAUGCAGCACCUUCUGGCCCAUACCGUGACCCUGUGAUCGCAGCCCAAAAUCGCCUACCUUUCAUGACGCCGAUCGUGGAGCGCACUGAGUACUCUCUUCCAUCGAUGACUGCAGCCCGAAGCAAUUUGCACAACAGCAAAACUCCUUCUCGCAACCUUCUGAAUCCAACCACGACCCCUGGUAUGCCCCAGAUGAGAAAUCUGCUUUCCACUCCUCUUCUUCCCGAAACGCCAUACCAUGGACAAACACUGCAUGGCCUCGAAGAUGCCUUGCAAAGUCCCACAGCGGCAAAAGCAGCGGCUGGAUCUCGAUUGUCCUCUUCCCCGAAGGCAGGUGGCCAACAGCAAGGCGCAAUCAUCGAAGAGAUGCUCUGCAACCCUGUCGACAAAUCAAUUCGUGCCAAAAUUCUAAGCUCCAUGCAAUCGACCCUCGCAGCCUAUCCAGGCUUCCAUGCUCAUCCAGAUGCCGAGUCGAAUUACGCCCCCGAGAUCCAGAAAUACAUGAAAACGAACGGCAAGCGUUCGAAGAGUGGAGACGAGGCAGCGUUUGAUGUGCCCAUUAUCGACCUUCCGAGAGCAGAGAGGAGCUACAUUAUCAGACGGGAGCUUGGGGCAGGGGCGUAUGCUCCAGUUUAUCUGGCCGAAAGUAUUGACAGCCUGGAUUCGGACUCUGAUAAUGAAUCCAGCGACAGCAACAGUGGAGGCUCGAGUGCUGCGGACACUAAGAGCCUGACACGGCAGAAAACGCCCCGCUAUGGCUUUGAAGCGAUUAAGUUGGAAGUGGGCCCGCCUAAUGCUUGGGAAUUUUACAUGAUUCGAACCGUGCACGAACGUUUGAGCCGGCUUCCGGAGCUUGCCCGCGCCUCUGACAGCGUCAUCCGUGUGCACGAGCUACACAUCUUCAAGGGAGAGAGCAUCCUUGUUGAAGAUUAUCGUCCGCAGGGGACAUUGCUCGACCUUGUAAAUCUCGUCCGUAACGAAGGAAUCUCAGGCCAUGCAAUCGGCGAAGGGGGGUUGGACGAGGCGCUUGCAAUGUUCUUUACCAUUGAGUUAUUCCGCACCGUUGAGGCCCUGCACGCAUGCGGUGUCCUCCACGGAGAUAUCAAAGCCGAUAACUGUCUCAUCCGUUUCGAAGACAAGCCAGCCUCGGCCCCAUUCAAUGAGUACUCCUCCGAUCCUCGCGAAUUCCACUACUCGCCCAGCGGAUCUUACGGCUGGAGCAGCAAAGGCCUCUCCCUAAUCGACUUCGGGCGUGGCAUCGACAUGCGCGCCUUCCACCCGAACGUGCAAUUCAUCGCGGACUGGAAGACAGGGGAGCACGAAUGCAACGAGAUCCGCGAGAUGCGACCCUGGACUCACCAGAUCGACCUCUACGGCCUCGCCGGCACAGUUCACGUCAUGCUUUUCGGCAAGUACAUCGAGUCAGCCGCGACAGACGCGACUUCGAAGAGCUACCGCAUCCGCGAACCACUCAAACGAUACUGGGAGCGCGAUAUUUGGGCCGACGUCUUUGAUCUACUCCUCAACCCUGGCAGUAAACGGUGGGCCCAGAUGGAGCGACACGGAGAGGAAAUACCGAACACCUCAACUCUCCCAGUUCUAAAUUCAAUGAGACACCUCCGUGCCAGAAUGGAGUCAUGGCUCCUUGUCAAUGCCGAGAAGAAGGGCCUUGGUCUGCAGAUCCGCAAGCUAGAGGCUAUUUUUGCAGAGAGGAAGAAGAGAAUUGAGAAGGUUUAACCUCACGAUCUCCUAUCUCACUCCAAACCCUCUCCUUUUUUGUUUCUCCUACACAUUGUACUUUUAAUGCCUUAUCAUGACACACACAAAUCCGCGUAUACCCCCUUCCUUUCGCACGGUUUGUCUUAAGCACUUCGAGGCGUUUGGCUUUUUCCGUUCUUUUUUCACCUUUUGGUCCGCUUAUUGGUUUAUGAUUGUCUCUCUAGCUCUCUUCUCUAUCAUGGUGGACGGGUUUUCUACCAAGAUCUUAUUCUGUUCAUAUGUACAGCAAUAUACUUUUCUUCUUUCAAUCAUUGGGUCACCUAGGUUGUAGCUUCUUUUUUUUCGAGUCUAACUUAUGGUCUUUGAAAAAGCUUAGGACCUUACGGAUUACAGCAAAGUGCUACACGACUAGGAGCAGUUUUGAAAAUUGAAAUGUAUAAUAGAUUCAAAUAAUCAUAACACUCAGAUGUAUAUCGCCACAUCGAAUCAUGAUAUCAUGGCAUCAUAGCUGAACUCUUGAACACAAGUUCGUCAAAAAGCUAGAAGCGGACAGGAAAACAAGACUGAGUGAGAGUAGAGAAAAGAAAGAUAAAAUAGAGUAAAAAGGACACACAAUAUCACAAUGUGAGGUGAGAAGAGAGAAGAGAGAUGGGGAAAGUAAAUGGCAAAAAAUCCUGCAUUUUUUCGACCCGGGCGACAGGGCUGGGAGAAAUGGAGAGGGGAGCAUUAGAUAAUGCAAUCCUGGGAUUGCUUGGACAGGCAGAUAGAUGCCUGACAUGCAUGGAGUAGGGCAGGGGAGCACAGGAAGCAAAGUCCAGUGACGGAAGGUAACACUGCGAAGUGUAAACGCGCGCUUGCAAAUGUCGAUACGCACAGCAUCAUUCAUCUAUAUCGAGUCGUGUCAUAAAGCAGCAUUUCUCCGUUCCAAUCAUCAUGUAUGGUAUGGCGCGACGUCUGGGCUCGUCGUGGAGUAAAUAGAAAGAGAAAGAAAGUUGAGACAUGUAAAGAAAGUAGUGAGUGGGUAUUGCCGGAUCCAAGUCCUGUAAGCAGAUGAGAUAGUUAAGGAAAAGAAAAGGAAAUAGAGUGAGAGGAAGCCCCCAACGAUGGACAGCGCUGUUUGUUUUUUUUUUCGAGAUUUCUGAGAGUUUGAUGCGCUGUCCGAUCGAUUGGCUUCAGUGAGAAGAUAUGUUCAGAGAGUGGACUUGAUCGCGGGCACAGAUCAACAGUGGAAGCCAGGUUUGACUGACAACAUGCCAGAGGUCUCCUGAGACAAGUGAUGUCCAGUUGGAUAAAUUCUGACGGCCAAUGUCGAUUUGGUCGAGGCCAAGAAGGAAGUGAGUGUGAACAGUCGACCGUUAAGAAGACUGCAAAAAAUUGUGUUCAAUCAAUGAAAUCCGUGCCAGUCACAUCAGACCAAAGUCAUGCUUGUCACAAGCGCCAAAGCACGGAUCCAGACUCGCUCGUGUCACGCCAAGAGGGUAAACAGGCUGCAACUUUUAUCAUUCAAAAUAUGCGAUUUUUGUUUUUCGGGUUCAUCAUUCUUUUGCGCAAAUUGCUCUUGCUCUUUCUGUAUUCUUAAACUGUCGUUAGUGUCGUCAAAUGCCGUUUCACAUCAUCAUUUCCGCGUAAAUGGCUUCAAAUGUCACAAUAAAUCAAUCGGCCAGUGUCCCAAAACACUGGCACCCCGUUAGAACGGUCAUGAACGGGGUAAAAUGCUCUCCGCAGAACUUGAUGGCGCAAGAGCUUGGUACUGUGGUACCAUCUAUCGCCUCGAGUAAGGCAUAUUCAAGAUUUGUCUCCGGAUACGCUCGGCAUCCGAUAUACCCUCCUCCGUAGGGUCGUACGGCAACGCGGUCGUGGCGGAGGUUUGGCUUCGGGAGGGCGCAUGGUAUGGCAUGGAUCUGAAUUGAGGAGGCGGACCGCUUGCAAAGGGGUCGGAGAGAGACGGUGCGUGUCUUGAAACUCUGCCUGGAGGUCCAGUGCGUCGCAAUCCUUCCAUCUUGAAAGGGGAUCCCAGUCGUUUGAUGCUUUCCCCACUAAGGUUCAGAAGGGGGUUAGGGAUGGGCUUCUCCGUUGAGGGGGUUUCUUCGUUACGAGACGAGGACGAUGGCGGUGAGAACAACUGGUCCAAGCCCUUGGGCGUGACUGCACUCAUUGUGGCUCCGCGGUUUCUGAUCCGUACACGACGGUGGCCAACAUCAUGCAGCUUCCCCUGGCGGAGAAGCUCCUCUAGAUUGCGUCGAGUUUCCUGCUCGGUGGGUGAUACAGCAGCAGCACUCGAACCCAUGUUGCUGCUAGUGGCCAUGUUCGGAAGAGGUUCCAUCCGAGCGGGAGAUCGCAGGCGCGAGCCCGUCACAUGAAUGGUUUCGCGUCGAGCUCUGGGGGUAUGGCGUAGAUUUCGCUUUCUCAGGUUGUUCGGGCCCCAAGUAUGAUAAGAGAACGGAGAGCCCAAUCGGGGAGCCAUCCCCCUCUCGUCGAAACUCGAGACCUUUGUAGGCAGUGAAGUGCCCAGAUCACUGCGGAAGCUUCCAAGCACUUGAGGUUCAGGCAAGUCGGUGUUAGGUUCGGCUAUUGGUUCCGGGGCGGCCAGUUGAGCCAGCGGGCCAGGCAUUGAGCUUGACACGAGAGAGACGCCAAGAUCGCGCGUGGCGUAGACCGCAGAAGUGUUGGCGGAGGUAUCAGCCCGGGAAAAUCCAUCCGAGGGACGCGAGAAAAGGUCCAGGAACGGUGUAGGGCUCCGAGACUGCAUCAUUCUUUGGUAAUGAGGGGCGAUGGAGAACUUUUUCUUGCACAAGAGUUUUAACCUUCGCCGGGUUGAGGACUCGGAUUUGGGCCAUGAGGGCCUAGGUAGAGUGUCUUUAGUAGUCGGGGUCGAAUCUCCGCUUCGCGGAGCCGCGUCGCGGGACGGGAACUGCUUGUCUAAUCGGAUCCCUUUUCUUUCCCAGCUCCGCUUUGCCUCCCGAGCCACUCUGUGAGUGACACCGAGAGGCGGGAUACUCCCAGGGGUCAUCUUGAAGGGAGUAAUGGUGGGAUCCUGAAUGUAGAGUUGGUAUGUAUUCCACAAAUGGUUGUCCAUAUCCAAAGACCAUCGUUCUCUGUUUUUCGUGGAUUUUUGGGUUUUGGUUCUUGUACUUCUAGGUAACGGUGCGAGCUCCGCCGUCUGCUUAGGCGUGAUUUCGAUAUGGAAAAAAGGGUCGUAAUUAUCGCUUUCCGUGCUCGUGCAGCUUCCGCCAACUGAUCUCCGCGAGCUGAACGUUUCUAUUGAGGAGACUGAGGAAUCCGAGGCAUUCGAGCAAGCCGAACUGGGACGCUGAAGCGCAUCUCCGGCAGCCUGCAGGUUCCACGCAGACCAAGAACUUGCAGAAUCAGCCUCAAUGGGGUCCGGACGGAUUUGCGCGGGCGGAGUUCUUAAAUCUACCCUAGCGCGGGGAGGCGCGAGAAAAUGGUCAUCGGUAGGCGCUACCAUUGUCUCAAACUGGACUGCGGAGGCAUCACGAGUAGGGGGAAAUUCGAUGGAGGGUAAAGGUACGUCGGGGGAGGUGCUGGUGUAAGUGCUGAAGUCAUAGCUGGCUUGAGCGAAGAGGUCGGUCCCGGAUCGAACGCGGGAUCGGCGAAGGCGGGAGCAAGAAUGCCGAGGCGGCGGGGGCGGCGCAUCCGGUUGUAUAGAAGGGCGUUCGGGGGUUCUAGGCUCUCCUUGGGCGAUAGAAGGGUAGGUGAAGUCCUUCGGCAGAGUGCGCGAAAGGCCGUGCUGUCGGUCAGCCAUGAUGUGCCACGUUUUGUGCGGUCCCACGGGGAACAAUCGGCAGUAGCGCGGGAAGCGUUUGUUCGGAAAAUAUGGCCAAAUCCUCUAUGCCAGCAUCGCUCGUCUCGUCGGGAAAAUUCCUUGAAGUUCAGCAACUGUCGGUCCAGCAAUGUACUUCGCGCUGCAGAUCCUCUCUUUGACCCAGAUUAUACGCGUGAACGAUGUCGAAGCGCAAGAGCGCAACACGGCUAGCAGCGAAUUCGCUCGUUCAGAUCAAGGGGAAACGUGUCAGAGGGGAGCGUGAGUCGAGAAGGCGUGUUCUUGGGGGUGGUCGUAAAGUCGUAACAACUAGGAAAGUAGGUAAAAGAAAGAGAAAAGGAAAUGGGUUCGUCAAGAUGCGAGUGGUCGGAGAGGUAGGAAGCGAUCGAAUUCGUGUGAGUGUCGAUGCGAUAGGCCGCUGUCGGUUGCGAAAUGCGACAAGCAGUCGUUCUUGGUCAGAGAUCACAUCAACUGGGCUCCGCGCUCCAUCGGACAGUCAAGUCACAGCAAGGGAGAAAGGCCCGUCAUUGACACACGAAAACGCCAGACCAACACAAAGGAAAAUGGGGGAAACGGGAGGGAUGGAAUCGCACGAGCGUGACGCCCGUCUGGAGGAACUAACGCCGGAGCAGUAGGGCGAGGAGGUUGGGGAUGGAGGAAGAGAGGAAGAGCGAGAGAGAGCGAAGCGCGGGUAAAGUUGGAACAAGAACAACGGGGCAGAGUCACAGGGGCCUCAGUUCUCAGGCCACAAACCCGCCCGUCACAGCACUAGACUCGCGCAAAGU